UUAGUUGCUCUAGUUACGACUGUACACGGAAGAGGUAGCGGCGGAGGAAUGAGGAGACUGAUGGCGGCAGCUGCUGCAGAACCUCAUUAAUCGCGUGUAUGGAAGGUUAACAGGAGAGGAGGUCCAUUUUUUUACGUGUACAUUGUGAAGCUUAUACUGGUUGAGGCUGCUUUAGGAGGUGGACUACAGGUUCCAGAAGUCCCUGACAGCAUAACCUGUGUAGUCUUUGAGACUUCAGAGAAUAAGAUGGCUUUCUUCUCAUCCAGAGAGGCAGAGUUACAGAAGCUGCAUGAAGCCAUAAUUGCAGAGAAAAAUAAAGUUCAUGAGGAAAUGAAGAUCAGCGAUGAGCAGCAGGAGUCGUACAUUCUGUUAUCAGAGGCCGCACAUAGCAGGAAUCAAGCUCUUCUACAUGAUUGGCGUGAAGCUGAGAAGAGUUUUAAGAGGAGAUCACAAAUCGGCCCUAACCGUACAAUCAUGAAGCUUGAGAACAAGUAUUGGAAAUCUGUGGAACAAGAGCUUCCUAAAUGGGAGCAGUUUCUACUUGGAAAAGCUCAGUUCCCCUUUGGUAUGAAGCAUGACCAACAAAAGCUGAAACAUUCUCAGACUAUGGAGAAACCAAAGAGAAAGAACCUGCCUCCUUCUGGCUACAAUUCAAACUCUUUUCCAAGAUAGCUUUGUAUCGCAAGCUGGAUUUAGCCGCCUUUGUAUCCUAGUUCCAAUGAUUGACUGCUUAGAAGCUGUACCGCCGGUCAAAGGUUCAGAGUCCGAGUAUACUAACUCCAGAAAUGCCUUAUGACUGAUUUAUGGAUUUCCAAUACCAGGUGAAACUACAGAUCCAGUGUUUGUGGUUCAUCAUGCUGGAACAACCUCAGACCACCGUAAUAUAGCCACAUUUUAUUAUGCAACACCAUGAUAUCGUCCCCUGAGGAUCUGUGGAACUAAACAUGAAAUCAAUUAAAUCAAAAUUCCGCAAGAA